UGCUUAGGAUAAAACACGAAAUGUUUAGAAAUUGAGAAACACUUUUACGAUUGCCGGCAGGCAAUUAAUAUAGUGCGUUAGUCAAAUCAAAAAGAUUCUCCGCCUUCGUAACUGUAGACUACUGUUUGUUUUUGGGAGUGUGCUGAAUAUGGAGAUGGAUAUGAAAAUUGAAGAAUUUGUUUCAAUAAAAGAGGAGGAUAUCACUUCGAUAAAAGUGGAAGAAGUUAUGAUUAACGAUACCCUGACGGGUACCGAAAGUGAACCGCUAGUCACGACUAUCAAUGGCCAAAGUUCCAGUAAGGUUACACUGGACGGUUUGGGCGUCCCAAAACAAGAAACUGCAGAAGACAACACUGGUAAAGGCGAUAAAACAGAAACGACUACUUCGGAGCUUGCAGCUGAUGUUGCUGGGACUGUAGUUAAAACUUCCAGCCAUGUCGACGGAUUGGAAACAAGUCACACGAAAGACAACCAGCCUGAAACCCAGCCGAAGCACAUUUGCGAUAUCUGCGGCAAAGAAUACAAAACAAGAAUCGUUCUCCGAAUGCACAAGAGGUCACAUGCCGUUGAACAAACGUACACGUGCGACAUUUGCAGUGAAGAUUUCUCCACUAAACUCAAACUAAAAUACCAUUCGGCGAUACAUAUCGAAGAGAAAAACUUCCACUGUGAUACAUGCGGCAAAAGUUUUGCGCUGAAAAUACAACUGCGGGUCCAUCUGCGGCAACACAUCAAGCAGCGCCCGCAUGAGUGUGUGAUUUGCGGAAAAGCCUUCCGAAUUCGGUGUCAUCUCACGAGGCACAUGCGCAAUCACACCGCUGAGCGGUCGUUCAAAUGCGACAUCUGCGGAGGGGCGUACAAAACGGCCAGUAAUCUGACCGAGCACACGAAAAUCCACACGUCCAGCGUGGAUGAGCAGCUAAAGUGCGCCACCUGUGGGAAGGGCUUUAUAUUUCGCUACGCCCUCGUGGAGCAUAUGCGAACGCACACCAAUGAGCGACGGUUUAAAUGCGACAUCUGCGGCAUGGGAUUCAAGACGAUUAGAGGAAUGAAGAAUCACCGGAACAACCACACAGCCGUCACGCUUGUGCUCAUCAAGUGUGACAUCUGUGGAAAAGGAUACAAGACGAGAUCGUCUCUUGCGAGGCACAAGAGAACUCACAGCAGGGGUCAGCUUUUCAAGUGUGACGUCUGUAGUAAAACUUUUACCGUAAUCGACACUCUAAACAGUCACAAAAUAAUACGUCAUUCAAAGUUGGAAAAAAAUUUCAAAUGUGAAAUUUGCGGUAAAGAGUACGUUUUGGAUGAGCAACUGAAGAGACACAUGCACACCCACAACGCGGAUCGGUCCCACAAGUGCGCGAUUUGCGGCAAAGGAUUCCGAAUCAGUUCUCAACUGGCAAAGCACGUGGAACGUCACGGCGAUGAACGGCUCUACAAAUGCGACAUCUGCGAGUCGGCGUUCAAAUCAUUCUGCGAUCUAAGCAACCAUAAAACCAACCUUCACACCCUGCACGGGAAAAAACCUUACGAAUGCGACGUCUGUGGAUGCGCGUACAAAACACGUGGCGGUUUAAUGUUUCACCGGAAGCUGCAUUCGUCGGUUGAUCGGAAAGCUUUCGAGUGUUCGUUGUGCCAUAGGCGGUACGGUCAAAAGAGCAGUUUGACUUCGCAUGUAAGAAAGGCACAUCCCGCGGAGCGGGUGUGCGACAAUGGUGUGGCAGGUACCGAUCGAUUAAUCGAAAACGACGGUUUAAUCCUUACAAAGUAACCACAUCAUGCUAGGAACUUACCAAUUUAAUAAUAAUUUGUGUUUAAAUUACACAAUACA